AUGAAAAUACUAGUCAAAUUCCAGGCUCUGCGACCUGUUUGGAAUCCCAAGCUACUUCGCAAGUCCUUCCAUAAAGAGGGCAGGGUAUUUGCGUCUCUCGAUCUUUCCAACCUCGAAGCCAUUAACCGCUGUGAAAAGGAGGUCCCCGAGUACUUUAAUUUUGCAAACGAUGUUCUGGACAAGUGGUCAAAGAUAGAAAAGGAGGGAAGCAGGCCUCCUAACCCCGCUUUGUGGUGGAUCAACGGGAAGGGGGAAGUGAGGUGGAGCUACGAAGAGCUGGGGGCCCUGUCGAGGAAAGCCGCCAACCUCCUCCUGGAUCCGUGCGGUCUGCAAAGAGGCGACAGAGUGAUCCUCAUUCUGCCCCGAGUACCUGAAUGGUGGCUGCUGAAUGUGGCAUGCAUCAGGACAGGGAUUGUCUUCAUUCCGGGGACACCUCUGCUGACAGCCAAAGACAUCCAGUACCGACUCCAGGCUUCCAAGGCCAAGUGUAUUAUUACCAGCGAGGACUUGGCCCCGGCGGUGGAUUCCAUUUCCUCAUCCUGCCCCUUUCUGAGGACAAAGCUGCUGGUCUCUGAAGGCCGGAGGGACGGGUGGCUGAACUUCAAGGAGCUCUUUCAAGUGGCCCCUUCCAGCCACAACUGCAUUAAAACCAAGAGCGAUGAACCCAUGACUAUCUACUUCACAAGUGGAACCACAGGCCCUCCCAAGAUGGCGGAGCACAGCCACAGCAGUUAUGGCAUUGGGUGUGCCUUGACAGCGAGGUACUGGCUGGAUUUGAAACCCUCAGAUAUCAUGUGGAACAUGUCUGACACCGGCUGGGUCAAGGCUGCCAUCGGGAGUGUUUUUGCUCCGUGGCUUCGUGGCUCCAGUGUCUUUAUACACCACAUGCCACAGUUUGAUCCAAGAGAGACUCUGGAUACUCUCGUCCGGUACCCAGUAACUACAAUGUGCAGUGCUCCGACUGUCUAUCGCAUGCUGGUACAACAGGAUCUUACCAGGUACAGGUUCAAGAGUCUAAGUCACUGCUUGACAGGAGGGGAGCCUCUCAAUCCGGAAGUGAUGGUGCAGUGGAAAAAACAAACGGGGCUGGACCUCUACGAAGGCUACGGUCAGACCGAAGUGGGGGUGAUAUCUGUAUCUGAGAAAGGAAAGAAAAUUAAACCUGGCUCCAUGGGUAAGGCAAUUCCACCAUACGACGUUCAGAUCAUAGAUGAAAACGGCAAUAUUCUACCUCGUGGGGAGGAAGGAGAAAUCGCCAUCAGGAUUCAAUCCAAGUGGCCAUUUUGUUUUUUCACGGGCUAUGUGGAUAAUCCAAAGAAAACCGCCUCAGCCUUUCGUCGGAAUUUCUAUAUCACCGGAGACAGAGGGCGGAUGGACGAAGACGGGUAUCUGUGGUUUGUUGCAAGAGCUGACGACGUUAUCAUCUCCUCCGGGUAUCGUAUUGGGCCCUUUGAGGUAGAAAACGCGUUAAUCGAACACCCAGCUGUGGUCGAGUCUGCCGUGGUCAGCAGCCCAGAUCCUACCAGAGGGGAGGUGGUGAAAGCUUUUGUGGUCUUGUCUCCUUCCUUUGCAUCCCAUGAUCUGGAGAAAUUAACCCUUGAGCUUCAAGACCAUGUCAAGAAAAUUACAGCUCCCUACAAGUAUCCCCGAAAAUUACUUCCCAGUUCCCAGCAACCCACAGUCCCCCAGUCCACCGGACCUGGAAAGGACGGCUCGUGA